AUGACAAACCUUAAUCCAGAAGACGCCCACCACGUCAACACCAGGUGGUCUUUCAACGACGGCAGACACUCGGAGAUUUACAUAGAAGAACUCAUCAGCAAACAACCAUCUCGCUGCCUGUACAACGAGAAAGGCUCCUUGGUAGGGUACGCCCUGAGAUACCACAACGGGAGUAUUGGCUUUCUACAUGUCCUGGAUGAGCACCGAGGGAAGGGGUACGCCAAGGUGAUCAUGUCUCACCUUGCCAGUUUGUGCCUACAGCAGAUGGAAGAGGUGUAUGUCGAGGUCCGCCAAAACAAUAUAGCAUCUAUCUGUGUACAGAAAAGCAUAGGGUUCCGUUCCCUCUCAAACCUGGGUUCACUGUGGUGGAUAGAGAGUCGAGGAUCUGAAUGCUGA